ACGCGAGAGGCAAUUUCCGCUUUAUUAGAGAAGUGAGGCUUCUUUGGUGAAGGUCUAUCGUGAAGACGAUGGGAUUGCAGAUUUUAGUGAGUUAUAUUUGUGUUUUAGGGAUCUUAUGGCCAGGGGUUGCUCACAGUCGCCGCUACCAGCCGACCUGGAAGAGUCUGGACAGCAGACCUUUGCCCCCUUGGUACGAUGAGAGUAAAUUUGGAAUAUUCAUACACUGGGGGGUCUUUUCCGUGCCCAGUUUUGGGAGCGAGUGGUUCUGGUGGAACUGGGAAGGUGUGCACCAGCCCGAGUAUGUGAACUUUAUGAAGGAGAACUACCCAGAGGGGUUCAAAUACAGUCAGUUCGCCCCAGCAUUUACCGCAGAGUUCUUCGAUCCGGAUCAGUGGGCAGAGGUGAUUCAGAAAUCCGGAGCCAGGUAUGUGGUUCUGACGACCAAACACCAUGAAGGAUUCACAAACUGGGGAUCGCCUGUGUCCUGGAACUGGAACUCCAUUGAUACUGGUCCACAUAGAGAUUUGGUGGGUGAUCUAGCAGUCGCUGUCCGAAAACGGAAUUUACAUUAUGGAGUGUACCAUUCUCUAUUUGAGUGGUUUAAUCCUCUUUACUUGUAUGACAAAAAGAACAAAUUCAAGACCCAGACAUUUGUUGUGGAUAAAACAUUGCCAGAACUGUAUGACCUAGUCAUGAGGUAUAAACCAGAUAUAAUCUGGUCAGAUGGAGACUGGGAAGCACCAGAUUCCUACUGGAAUUCCACUGGAUUUCUGGCCUGGCUUUACAAUGAUAGCCCAGUCAAGGACACAGUUGUAACCAAUGACCGUUGGGGAGCUGGCUGUUCCUGUAAACAUGGUGGAUUCUUCAACUGCGCAGACAAAUACAGCCCGACUAAGCUACAAAACCACAAAUGGGAGAUGUGCACCUCGAUCGACAGAAGAUCAUGGGGUUAUCGUAGAAAUAUGCAUCUGAGUGAAGUGAUGGAUUUGCCAUCAAUUAUCAGUACUUUGCUGGCAACAGUCUCUUAUGGAGGAAACUUGUUGCUUAAUAUUGGUCCUACCAAAGAUGGUACUAUCCCUGUAAUUUUCCAGGAAAGAUUGGAAGGCCUGGGACAAUGGCUAAGUGUUAAUGGUGAAGCAAUAUAUGCAUCAAAACCAUGGCGAGUUCAGAAGGAGAACUCUACAGCUGUAUGGUAUACUAGUAAGGGAUCGUCCAUUUAUGCAAUGUUCAUAAAGUGGCCCACUGAUAAUACAUUAAAACUGGAAUCUCCAAUCAGCUCAUCGAGCACCAAAGUGACAAUGCUGGGAAUCCCAACGCCCCUGAAAUGGAAGGCUUCUUCACCAAAAGGCAUUCUUGUAUUUCUGUCCUCUGUUUCCAUGUUCGCUCUCCCCUCAGAAGAUGGUUGGACAGUGAAACUGGAAGGAGUUUCAUAAUCGAGAAAAGUUAUCAAUUUAAUUGAGAAUGUCAUUCAAAGCAGCUUAUUGCUUCCUUUUAUAAGUAUCAAUCAAAGGAUUUGACGGUGCCAAGCGGAUGGAUUUAAAAACUGUGUUGAGAAGGUGAUUACACAGAUGGCACAUUGAUUAAAUUUGACUCAAUGUUUUGGGGUACUUUCAAUGAAUGCUUGUAUCUGAGAUUACUUUGUUUUGGAACUUCCUGUAUUGAGACUUUCUUGGACUAUGUUUAUAUUUUAUUUUCAGGGGCUCCUUUUCAGCUUUCACUAACGUCUUUGCUAGGUUAUGCAGUCAUGUAAUAACAAUAUCUUCCAGUUUGCAUGCUUCUCUUUCUUAAAGUGUCCUUCUCCAGUUAUGUAAGGUAAUGUACAACGUGAUGGUUCUGAAAGAGUUGACGUUGAAGCUGCAUCAAGCUCCUUUUUGGGAUGAGAAAAACAAUUAAACAUGAUCUCUCAAUUGGUC